AGCAAAACAUUAGCACCCACUCAAAUAAUAAAAUGGCCAAAUUCAUAAUUGUCUUGUGCGCUUUGGUUGCUUGCGCUGCUGCCAAGCCUGGUGCUGUAGCACCCUUGACCUAUGGUGCUCCAUUGGCUGCUGCUGCCUACAGUGCCCCCGUUUCUACUGCCUAUGGUGCUCCUUUGGCUGGUGCUGCCUACAGUGCCCCCGUAGCUACUGCCUAUGGAGCUCCUUUGGCUGGUGCUGCCUACAGUGCCCCCGUUUCUACUGCCUAUGGUGCUCCUUUGGCUGCUACUGCAUAUACCGCCCCCGUUGCUGCUGCCUAUGGUACUCCUUACGCUGCCGCAUACGCUUCGCCCCUUGCCUACUCUGCCCCAUUGGCUUAUAGUGCUCAUGUAGCCGCUCCUGUGGCUGCUCCUGUAGCUUAUGCUGCCCCUGCAGCCGUUGCUCCUGUGGCUGCCCCUGUAUCUUAUGCUGCUCCUGCCGCUGUCGCUCCUGUGGCUGCUCCUGUAGCUUAUGCUGCUCCUGCCGCCGUCGCUGCUCCUUUGGCUUAUGCCAAUGCCCAUUUGGAUGCCGCUUACGCUAGCAGCCGCGUUGAUAUUAAGCAGAACUACAACGCUGCUGUUGUUCCUGCCACCUAUGCUGCCGCUCCCGUAGCUGCUGCUGUAGCCCCUGUAGCUUCAGUUGCUCGCGUGGCCCCCUUCAAAUACACCGCAGCCCCAGUUGCAUGGUAAAGACUCGGCUAUUCAUCAGCAAAAUAAACAAAACUGUGAUUUAACAAUAAAAACUAAAACUAAACGU